CGCAGGUGUAAUAUCUGCGGAUUAUCGAAAUUGAUCCAUACUACUUAAGAUAGAGAUCAUUCAGAUUAUCAAAGGUGAAUUGCAUAGUACUGCUGGGAGAAACGACAUUCUUGACUCCUCCCACUUAGACUUUGUAGAAGAGAAGAACAAAAAUCAAACAAAAUGGAGUUCUUUCGUUUCCUUGGCUUGGGUCGUGAGGGUUGCUUCGAGCCGUCGCCCUUUCUGGACCUGUACUUUCACUUGCACGAAGUCAAGGCCAUCGAUGGCGACGAAGAGAGGCAGGUGUCCCUCCUCGUUCGCUCCCACACCGUCCCGGAAGACUGCCGGCGGUUUGUCUUCAAGUACCCCCAGGAACAGUGCCUCUUCCUGCACGAGGUGCCACGUGACGCGGUGCUGCUGUUCCAGGUGUGGCAGUGUGGUAAGGAGAAGCACCAAGGAAAUCGGGUCGUUGCGGAGACCACAUUGAACGUGUCGGACGAAAUCUCCUACAUGCGCUGGCUCUGUCUGAAGCGAUUGUCGCAGCCCAGUAUCGAAGGUGCAAUUAGCAUACGAAAAAAGCAAAAUUUCGGCGUGUUUUUUUGAUUUCUUUGAGUGCUUGAUAGCGCUAGAGAUUCGUCUAAGUUGUAAGUAUACAUGGUCUUGAGCUGGAAAGAUGUUUCUCUGUGCAAAGUAGCUGCUGGGAGUAGAACUGCAUGCAAUUAUUGUAUCAGGGUCCGCCAGUUUAGCCGAACUUGCUACACCGAUACCGAAACACCCCGAGCUGCAGACCGUGGCGUCGAAGAAGGCAUUGGUAGACGAAAAGUGCGGAGAUUUUCCCUCGAAACCUAUCGCAAAAGAACCAACUGCGACCAAGGACUCGGAGACGACGAGCUCGUCCUGGGUGGACACCAGUCUCCUGGCGUGCUUCUCUCUCUUCCCCAGCGACGACGCGAAGACCCACUUUCCGCUGCACCCCCUCGAAACGAACAGCGACUUCCGCGCCCGCGCGUGGCACCCGCUGCUGGAAGCCUGUGAGGUGCAGCACUCGUGGCUCUCCGCGGCCCUGGACGAGGAAGUGAAGCGGUCCAGCAACGUAGUACCUGGCAACAAAACGAUCCAGGGUGAUGCGGACCACGUUCUGGCGGUGACGACAGGCGGAACCACUACGAAAGAAACUGCCGCGGGCUCGCGGUCCAGCAAGAGUGGCAGCAAGGAAAGCACUUCCAGUGCAGCGGUAUCGAUUUGCUUUUUUGUACUGUUAAUGUAGCCAGAGGAAUAAGCUAUCGGAGGGGGUCGCUCAAAAAUACUCCUUGCGUGCGCACUGUACACAACACGGCACCUGCAGCUUGUAGCGUUUUCUAUCGACUUGUAGCUGAUGAAAGAGCUGUUCUGCAGCUUCGUCGUGUUUAAAUACUUGAGCACUCAUCUCUUAAAAACAAAACAACCUCAGGAAUCGAGCGGAAUUGAUGCAACGUCGAGUGCGCGGACGAACAAGGGGGGGAGCAGCAGUGCGUUUCGCCGGGUCAGCACGGUCGCAGAGGAGGCGGAGGCUGCCGCAGAUCAGGCGCUGAAGGACAUCGAGAUCCGGGCCCUGAAGCGGCAGGUCGAGCAACUGAACGAGAAGUUGACGCAGCGGGAACGGGAGCGGGAGAACCUGCAGGAAGAGUUUGAGCUCACUAUUACAAUGAAAAAUGCCCCCUCCCCAUAUCAAAACGGAAAUCUGUGAUGCAAAUUUGUGGUCACAAAUCAGCUUUGUGAUGCUAGAAGGCAAAAGAUGCGGACUGUAGUGCUGUCUAGCGUGGGAAAGCCUUGCAGCUCCAGGAUGGCAGGAGGCAACUGGAAGUGGGAAACAGCAUGACAGAUUACCUGCAAUUUAGGCCGCAGCUUCGUCUCUUGGCCUUCUAGCAAUACAAGUCGAUUUGUGUACUCGAAUACAGCAUCACAAAUUCGCGCAUCUUCCGUUUCCGAUAUGGGGUGGAGGCUUUUUUCACUUUGAUACUCACCCGCUCGUCGAACGCCGGCGUGGUGGGGGGCCUGCGCCGACGACAAGAAACCGAGGCGAUCAAGCACCGCGACGAAGUGGCCCGCCUCGAGCAGCUCGUGGCCAAGAAGGACGCAACCUUGAAGGUAUGUCCCGUUUUUCAUCGCGGUUGUAAGCACUUACUUCCCAGAAGGGGACUUUGUACUUGUAGCUACGAAGGCGAAGACAAAAAUAUCUUGCAAGCCUGUGAAGAUUCAAAGCCGUACGGUUCUCCCCACCCUAGCUCUACGGUAAAAUUAAAUUCCAGCACUUGGGGUAGCGUUAAAGAAAAAUGUUAAAGUACGAGAUUUGCUCAUCUCUGUUCUGAGAAGACUUUUGAUUCUGUGUUGCCCAGGAACUGCUGCGCAAGUCGAAUUUGAAGAUUGACGAGGGUAAUGCGACCAUUUUGAAGCUGAAGGCCGAGCGGGAUCAGCAGGCGAAGCUAGCGGAGGCGCGGGAACAGGAAAAACGCGAGGUGUCUACCAAGCUAAAAGGCCGGGAAACGGAGCUCCAGCACCUGCAUGAGAAGAACUCCGAACUGCUGAAGAUUGUGCAGUCACUGUAUGACAGCUCAGACCAGCAAGGCCUCUCGCUCGACCGGAACAGCAUCGAUGCCUUCCAACGCAAGUGGAGCACAGUUACCACUCCGGCAACCGCAACCAAAAACCAGCAGUUCUAGAGAUCUCAGAUUGAUCAUUGUUGUUCUUUUCAGCACCUUUAUUCCAAGUUGUUACAAUAGAAGAAGAAGACAAAAAGAAUCCAAUACCAAUGUCACUGCAAAUUAAUGUUUGAAGCGAAUGAAUUGCAAGAGUUGUUGAACUUUCACACCUUCCCUGUUCUGUAUGACCCUACACUGAUGGCUGCAUCCGCCGAGGUUGUGGCUUCCAAUCAAAUUUUGGUACGUUACUUCCAUGUACAGUCUCAGGCAGAGUUGCCGCAGGAGAUCAAAGUAAAAGACAGUACUUUAUCUUCCAAGAAUGUACGGAAUGUUGUCAGUGGUGGAACUUUUCCCAAAAUUGAUCUACGCACCGAAUUGUACUUUAAUUUCCUCAAUUGUCGGCUACGAUGCGCUGGACAGAUUUUGCCUCGUGUAAAACACAGUCAUGCGCAGCUAGCAGUAGAGAGCUGCGGAAAAUCCAUCAGGAAGAAGCGAUAUUGGGAUCGCUCCCGAUCCGUGAAUCCGGCACGAUGGAUGCUUUUGUGGGAAACGAUGAGACGCAGGAUAGAUGACCGGAGGAUCUUCCGGGGAUGAGAAUCAAGGGUUUUCUUAACGCGGGA